GAGACGACGCGCGGAGGAGGAGGAGGAGGAGGAGGAGAGAGAGGAAGAGGAGGAGCCCUCCGUGCCCUUGCCUUCUUCCCCCUUUCCCUCCACCCGUUCGUCCGAUCGGUCGCCCCGGAUCGCCAGCCAGAAUCUCCGCCCGGUGCGCCCCCGGGGAAGAUCAGAGUCGGCCUGGGUUUGGAGCGAUGGUGCAUCAUAUUCGCUUUGCGGAAUGAGUAAUGGUGGAGCCUAAGAAAUCCCGAUGACGAUGGGUGUGGUGUCAAGGGAGGUAUUGCCUGCAUGCGAGAGGCUCUGUUUCCUUUGCCCGUCACUGCGAACGAGGUCUCGGCAUCCGGUCAAGCGGUACAAGAAGUUGCUCUCCGAAAUCUUCCCUAAGUCACAGGAUGAAGAACCCAAUGACCGAAAGAUCGGCAAAUUGUGCGAAUAUAUUUCGAGGAAUCCUUUGCGUGUUCCAAAGAUUACAGUUUAUUUAGAGCAAAAAUUCUACAAGGAAUUGAGAGCUGAGCAUUUUGGGUCAGUGAAGGUCGUCAUGGCAAUUUACCGAAAGGUGAUAUGUUCUUGUCAGGAGCAAUUGCCACUUUUUGCCAAUAGCUUGCUAAACAUCAUAGAAGCCCUAUUGGAACAGAACAGACAUGAUGAUUUGCGGACAAUAGCGUGUCAAACACUUUUUUACUUUGUAAACAACCAGGUUGAUAGCACAUACAUGUUCAAUUUAGAAAGCCAAAUUCCCAAACUAUGUCAUCUGGCCCAAGAGAUUGGUGAGAAUGAGAAGACAUCUAUUGUUCAUGCAGCUGGCCUCCAAGCCCUUUCAUCCAUGGUGUGGUUUAUGGGUGAGCAUUCCCAUAUAUCUUCAGAGCUCGACAAUGUUGUCUCUGCAGUUUUGGAGAACUACGAGAGCCCGUAUGCAAAUUCUCACAAUGAUGGCGCUGCUAUUGAGGUUACGAGGACUCGGUGGGUGAGUGAAGUUCUGGAAACUGAACGUCAUGAGCCUCCCAGUGUUACCAUUUUGACAAGGGUUCCUUCAUGGAAAGAUAUUAGAUCUUCCCGCAGUUUAUUAAACCUAACAAUUGAAGAAUCAGAAAGUCCAAAUUUUUGGUCAGGGAUCUGUCUGCACAACCUUGCUAGGAUAUCCAGGGAAGCAACAACAGUCCGACGAGUUCUGGAAGCUAUAUUUCGUUAUUUUGAUAACAAUCUGUGGUCACCUUCUAAAGGACUUGCACUGUGUGUCCUUCUGGAUAUGCAAAUUGUGAUAGAGAAAUCUGGACAGAAUUCACAUAUAUUGUUAUCCAUGUUAGUCAAGCAUCUUGAACACAAGAAUGUAUUGAAGCAGCCAGAUAAGAUUCUGGACAUCAUUGAGGUCACAACACGCCUUGCUGAGCACUCCAAAGCUCAAUCUUCUACUGCACUAAUGUCUGCAAUAAGUGAUAUGGUCAGGCAUUUGAGUAAAAACAUGCAAUCCUUGGUCGGUGAUCUAGGUUCUGGAGAUGGCAUGGUUAUGAAUGAAAAAUAUGGGAAAUCAGUGAAUGAAUGUCUCGUUCAGUUGUCUAGAAAGGUAGGCGAUGCUGGUCCUAUCCUUGAUACGUUGGCUGUUGUUCUGGAGAACAUUUCAAGUACUACACCUGUUGCACGUUCCACUAUUGCUGCAACAUAUCGUACAGCUCAAAUAAUUGCAUCAUUACCAAACCUAUCAUACCAGAGUAAAGCAUUUCCUGAGGCAUUGUUUCAUCAAUUGCUUUUGGCAAUGGUCUAUCCAGAUUGUGAGACACAUUUAGGGGCACAUCGGAUUUUCUCUGUCGUUCUUGUUCCUUCUUCUGUAUCUCCAUGCUCAUUUCCAGGCUCUUCACAAACAAGCAAGAUUGAUCUUAAAAGGACAUUGUCUAGGACUACAUCUGUUUUUUCAUCUUCUGCUGCUUUGUUUGGGAAAUUAAAAAGAGAAGUGUUUUCAUUUCGUGAAAAUCCACGCCUGGAUGGCACUAAUCUAAUCCCCAUCAGUGAGGAUUCAGAUCAAAUAAGCGGGAAUGAUCCAAAACUAUUCAAAUCACAGACAAUUCAAAGGAUGGCUAGUACAAAAGAUACUUCUUUAACAUCCUCAUCAGAGAUAAGCAGUUCGAGUGGUCCAACUCAAGAAACAGAUCCAGUCACCCUCAUGUUGAGUGGUCGUCAGGCGAACCUUCUCCUUUCCUCCUUGUGGACUCAGGCACUUUCACCUGAAAAUGUUCCACGAAAUUAUGAAGCAAUUUCUCAUACCUAUAGCUUGAUGCUACUGUUUUCUGAAGCCAAGAAAUCAUGUCUUGACCUUCUUGUUAGCAGCUUUCAGCUUGCCUUCUCUUUGCAAAACAUUUCAAUACAAGCAGGUUUUUUGCCACCAUCACGCAGGCGCUCACUCUUUACUUUGGCAACUUCUAUGCUUGUGUUUUUUUCAAAAGCCUUUAGCGUUCCAUCUCUCAUUCCUCCCAUGAAAGAUUUGUUGACUGAAAGCACAGUUGAUCCAUUUCUUCGCCUGGUUGAAGACUGCAAAUUGCAGGUUGUUGAAUCUUGCUCGAUAAUUUAUGGUUCAAAAGACGAUGAUGAUCUUGCUUUGAAAUCUCUCUCAAACAUCAACAUGAAUGAUCAGUCACAACAGGCAUCAAUUUCUCUUAUUCUUAGUAGCUUGAAAGAUUUACCUGAGGUUGAAUUGUCUACUAUAAGAAAGCAAUUGCUUGAGGAGUUCUCUGCAGAUGAUGCCUGUCCUUUGGGUUCUCAUUUGGUUGAAUCUGCUUCAAUAUCUCCAACAUAUAAUGCUAAGUUGCACCAAAAAUCUUUGGAGGUCAUUCCUGUUGGCUUUAUUUUCGAGGAUGAUACCUUAGUUGAAGCAGCUGACAGCUUAGCAGAACCUCAAUCGCAACAUUCUUUGGACAAUAGCCUUCUUGAUGUGAAUCAGCUUCUUGAAUCAAUUGGGGAAACAUCUCGGCAUGUUGGAAGACUAUCAGUGUCAACAAACCAUGCUUUGCCUUUUAAGGAGGUAGCAAACCAAUGUGAAGCUCUUUCGGUUGGAAAGCAACAAAAGCUAUCUGUCUGUAUGAGUGUCCACGAAAAACAGGAUGGUGGAUCACUCACAGAGAAUCUUGAGUCACCACAGCAUAUUUCUGCACUGACUGGGUUUGUAUCAACAAAUGAUGAGCAAUGUCACUCCGAUUUUUGUAAGUUGCCGGUCUUAAGUCCCUAUGAUAAAUUCCUCGCGGGCACCGGCUGCUAAGAUAAAUGCUAUGGUGGGAAGAACAUAUUGUUGAACCAAUAUCUAUUGACCAACAAAAGAGAGGAUACCUUGACAACUCAGAUAUUCCAAGAGGACACCUUGACACCUCGAAUAUUCCUGUUUUAAUCAUUUGGCGGUUUCUAGCUUCAUGUAUGUAUCCUUGUUAUUAUGCAAGAUAAGAUAAUUGUUUGUAUUUGGGCUCACCAGUUUGUGUCAUGUUGAUUCAUACAUGGCAGUAAGUUCAUUUGCUCAAUCCGGCAACCCUUUCUUUUCCAA